AUGUGCGGUGCUGAGCACGCUGUGAAAAAGAGGGAGGAGAUUGGGCUUUGGCUGCUGAGAGCCACGUGCCCCCCUCACAGUCAGCUCCUCCCCAUGCACCGUCCCCAUAAAAGUGUGGUCCUGGGUGAGCACCACAAUCCAUUACUCUUGCCUGCCUCAGCUUGGGAAAAGGGCUCAUCUCUUCACACCAAGAUGUCUUGCUACGACCUGUGCCCACCAAAAACCAGUGUAGCCGUUCCCCAGCCCAUCGCUGAGAGUUGCAACGAGCUGUGCGCGCGCCAGUGUCCCGACUCAACGGCCUUCAUCCAGCCACCGCCCGUUGUUGUCACCUUCCCCGGCCCCAUCCUCAGCUCCUUCCCCCAGCAAGCCGUGGUGGGCUCCUCCGGAGCACCCGCCUUUGGGGGCUCCCUGGGGCUGGGGGGCCUCUACGGCGCCGGGGCCACUCAGGGCUCGGGGGGCCUCUGCACCUUUGGCAGACCCUAC